UCCUAAAGAUCCUCAUUCAUUGACACUCUGAGCUGCACACAGAAGCUUCCAAGGCCACCUGCAGCCUCCUGAGCUGCUUCUUCUACAGGUCUUUUCACUGGAGUCAAGGAUACUGGAGAUCUGGAAGUGGCUGCCCAGUCCCAUAUCCCUCCUCUUUUUCCCACCUCGCAGGCUGUCUUUGUCUUUUCCCGGGACGUACAAAGGGGAAGGAAAUAAAGAAAAGGGAUCCGCGGAGGAGCAGAGGCAAGAAGGAAGAUGCACAUUAACCGAGAGGUUUCCGCCAGUAAAGGAGCUCCAACCAGUGAGAUAAUUAUAGUCUCCAGUGUCCUCGCCCUCAGCUUGAGUAUCACAAUUGUAAUGUGUGGACUCUGCCAGUGGUGCCAGCGAAAAAUGGGGAAACGCUACAAAAAUUCUCUGGACACAGUAGGAACCCCUGACUCCAGUCGUGGAAUCCGGAACGAGAAGAAAGCUUUAAAUGAUCUAGACAAAGACUUUUGGAAUAACAAUGACAGCACAGCCCACCAGAAAUGGAGCUCUUACCCUCCAAAGGAGUUUAUCCUAAACAUUUCACCUUACGCCCCCUAUGGUGACCCAAGGCUGGCCCUCAAUGGCACAGUAUUGUCUGGUAGUAAAUCAGCAGCAUGCGGCACCUCGGGUUUGUUGGAUAAAGAUGGCCGGAUGAUGGACAAGCAGUUGCGAAAUGAAAGCAUGAAGAUCAGUAUGUCUUCCCAAAGCCAUCACAGCGAACCAGGCCUGGGAAAACCAGGAAGAGGUCGUUGGCACACCGUUCAGAGUCACUUGGCGUCCGGGAAUCUCAAAAACAAUUACCAAGACCCUACUCUGUCGGCGGCCACUACUCUUGACCACAUUCCCACCUCUGGGGGAGACCUAAAGUGUCAACGUCCUCGCACACUGCUUCGCCAGCAGAGCCUCCAGCAACCUCUCAGCCUCCACCAAAAGCACAAUAACUGCCAGCCAACCACCAGCCAGAGCCUGGGGCAGCUCCAGCUGCAGCAACAACCUCCAUCAUCCAGCAGCAGUAAUACCAGCAAUCCCCGUUCCCAACGCACGGGCCAGAACCGGACCCCAACCUCAGCCGGAUCAAAGCACAGGUCAGCUGGCAUCAGGAACCGGACCGACCCGGGCAGUUUAGACUAUAUGGUUGGUCAGAUUCGCAAUCGUGGCCUGGACAUGAAAUCUUUCCUAUUUCCGUCAGGGGCAAAAACAACAAAUACAACAGUGGUGCCGGGACAAGCGCAACCUGAAGAAAGUGACAAAAAAGCAGACCAGCGUUCAUCAGUAUCAGACCUUGUGAAUUCCCUGACCAGCGAGAUGCUCAUGUUGUCUCCAGGGUCAGAUGAAGAAGAUGGUCAUGACACCUCAGGACGAGAAACUCUUGGUCGUAUUCAGUUCAGCGUGGGCUACAAUUUCCAAGAGUCUACUCUCACUGUUAAGAUCAUGAAGGCACAGGAGCUACCAGCCAAGGACUUCAGUGGAACCAGUGAUCCAUUUGUGAAGAUUUAUUUACUGCCAGACAAGAAGCACAAGCUGGAGACCAAGGUGAAGAGGAAAAACCUCAACCCACAUUGGAACGAGACCUUCCUCUUUGAGGGAUUUCCAUAUGAGAAGGUCGUGCAGAGAGUACUAUAUCUCCAGGUUUUGGACUAUGACCGAUUCAGCCGGAAUGACCCCAUAGGAGAAGUAUCAAUUCCACUUAACAAGAUAGACUUGACGCAGAUGCAGACUUUCUGGAAAGAGUUGAAACCGUGCAGCGAUGGCAGCGGGAGCCGAGGUGAAUUGCUACUGUCGCUCUGUUACAACCCCUCAGCAAACUCAAUCAUAGUCAACAUCAUCAAAGCUCGGCAUUUAAAAGCCAUGGAUAUCGGGGGCACCUCAGACCCUUACGUUAAGGUUUGGCUCAUGUAUAAGGAUAAGAGGGUUGAGAAGAAGAAGACGGUGGUCAUGAAGAGGUGUUUAAAUCCCAUCUUUAAUGAAUCUUUCAUCUUCGAGGUGCCCACUGAGAAACUUAGGGAGACGACCAUCAUCAUAACUGUCAUGGACAAAGACAGGAUAAGUCGUAAUGACGUAAUUGGCAAGAUCUACCUGUCUUGGAAGAGUGGUCCUGGAGAGGUGAAGCACUGGAAAGACAUGAUUUCCCAUCCAAGAACAGCUGUAGCACAAUGGCACCAACUCAAGGCCUGAGCUUAUGGAUUUUUCUGCACUCUGUGAUCUCCUGUCUUCGGUUACCUCCAACCAAACCAAUGCAUUGGCCACGCUCUUACUGUCUGCACAAACACAGCCUGCAGGCUUAUAUAAGGAAUCGCCAGCUUGGAACUUUAGGUAACAGGAUGCCCCUGGGCCAACCUGUGCCAUCUGCAGCUCUUCAACAAGGAUUGUGCUCUAAAACUUUCCUUAUAUUUGUUAUACCAGACACGACUGCAGUUUUCCUUCUGGCUUCAUAAGGAGCGGCUCAACUUCCCAACACAGUGUUACAGAGACGCUGAGAAGAGCAGGAAGAGAACUUCCCGCAGGAAACUUCUCUCUGGGUGGCCAAGCCUGCAAACUUUCCAUGGCUUCUACAAAUACAUGUUAGCUGCAGGGGUGCUAUAGUGUGCCUGAGGUGGUUAGCAAUGUAACAACUCACUUUUUGUAGUGGUGUGAAGGUGCAAUGAACCCCAGAAUUCUUUUCAGGGUUCGUUUUUCUUUAUAGAAAGCAAAGAUAAAGGCAAUACCUGUGUUAUUGCGUCUUAGACACCUCCUCAUGUACCGUUUGAUGGAACAUGGAGGUAGAGUUAGGGUGGAUUCUGCUCCACUGGCUCUUUACUGUAAGUGUGUGGUUGUCGGUGUCCAAUGUGCGUAAAGCAAUGUGUGAUUGUGCGUAUGUUUGUAUGUGUGGGUGUUUCUCAAAGCUCACCCCUUUUCUUCUUAUCUUCCCUUUCGCAGGCUGGGAUGACGCUUUGGUUCGCCUGCGUAUCUCUGUACCGUGAUUCUUUGUAGCUUUCUUUGAUUGUUGCCUCCUUUUUUUAUUUUGAAUUCUGUUUUUCACAAAAUAGGUUAUUUUUCAGAGUUUCUCUAAAAAAAAAAGAAAGGUUUUUUAAAAAAAAAUGUCACAGACAAUGUUGUGUUGAAGGGGGGAUUGUGAUCUUAAGCUUUUAUUGUUGUCUAGAAUUCAUAGAGAUCAUUGAUAUUGGGUAGCCACGUUUUGCUGCCACUGAGGUCCGCAUUGCAUUGGUUCCAGCCCUCGCUGGCAGCAGGAAGUUUAUUGUUAGAGCCAAAGAGAAUGCUACCCCUGUCACGAAAUAUGGAGCUCAGUAUUCUCAGCCUCCUGGAAGGAAGGAUGAAUCUCUGGCCCAGUCCCCUUCUCUCCUGGUGAUUAUGUGGUGUAACCUGUAUGUAUCAGGGUCCCCUUGCCUUUUGAGCAUCACCAGCCAUUUUGUCUUCCAGGACGAGGCCUUGGAGAUCCCCCAGGGUCUCCUGUUCUCCAGGCUCCAGAGUCCCAUGUAUAAAGUCAAAACUGAGUUUUAAGUAUGACAUACUGAUGUGUGGAAACAAGGGGUAAAACCCAUUGUACACGUUAAAAGUGAAUUCUUCUCACUAGUCUAAUUGGAUAUAUCUGAACUAAGAUUAAAUAAAUGCUGUUAAA